CGUCGCCAAAUUGUCACCGCUGCAGGCGCUGCAGCACGCGCUAGGCCCGUCAGGCGAAGCCGUUGGAGCCGUCUGUUUGAUUCUCCGGUAAAUGUAAUCGUUGUUGUGUACGAGUCUCUCGGCAUCGCGAUGGGGAUACUGGAGAAGAUCUCGGAAAUCGAGAAGGAGAUCGCGCGCACGCAGAAGAACAAAGCCACCGAGUACCAUCUGGGCUUGCUGAAAGCGAAGCUCGCCAAGUACAGGUCCCAGCUCCUGGAGCCGUCGAAAAAGUCCGAGAAGGGCGAAGGUUUCGACGUGCUCAAGUCGGGCGACGCCAGGGUCGCGUUAAUCGGCUUCCCGUCGGUCGGCAAGUCCACCCUGCUCAGCACUUUGACCGCCACUCAGUCAGAGGCUGCGUCCUACGAAUUUACCACCUUGACGUGUAUCCCCGGUGUUAUCGAGUACAAGGGCGCCAAUAUACAGUUGUUGGACCUGCCCGGUAUAAUCGAGGGAGCGGCGCAGGGAAAAGGACGAGGCAGGCAAGUCAUAUCUGUCGCGCGAACGGCGGAUUUGGUGCUUAUGAUGUUGGAUGCGACCAAGCAGGAUGUUCAACGGCAGCUCUUGGAGAAGGAAUUGGAAUCCGUCGGGAUAAGACUCAACAAGAAAAAGCCCAAUAUAUAUUUUAAAGUGAAGAAGGGCGGCGGCUUAGCCUUUAACUCGACGUGUCCUUUGACGAAAGUAGAUGAGAAACUAGUUCAAAUGAUUCUGCACGAGUAUAAAAUCUUCAAUGCCGAGGUGCUGUUCCGCGAGGACUACAGCGCGGACGAAUUGAUCGAUGUUAUCAAUGCAAACCGAGUAUACUUGCCCUGCCUUUAUGUAUAUAAUAAGAUAGAUCAAAUAUCGAUAGAAGAGGUCGAUCGAAUCGCUAGGCAACCCAAUAGCGUCGUAGUUAGUUGUAACAUGAAGUUAAAUCUUGACUUUCUGCUGGAAAUACUGUGGGAAUACUUGAGCUUGAUAAGAGUGUACACAAAAAAGCCCGGACAACCGCCUGAUUUUGACGACGGUUUAAUAUUGAGGAAAGGGGUGACGGUGGAGCACGUGUGUCACGCAAUUCACCGUACUCUUGCCCAGCAAUUCAAAUACGCCCUUGUGUGGGGUACAAGCACCAAAUAUUCGCCUCAGCGGGUAGGAGUACAACAUAUAAUGCAUGAUGAGGACGUCGUACAAAUAAUGAAAAAGUGAAUUCCAACAAAAUCUAUAAAUCCGUUCGUAAGAAAAUGUGAAUAGCAAUAUAGGCCUUAUUUAGCCUUUUAUGUACAACAAGAGCGCGAGCGAGCUGCUACACCGACGAACUGUGAAAUUCAACGGUUUUAGGAUAAAUGUAUUUGAAGUACCUAUUUUAAGAAGCUUGUGGUUUGCAGACCUUGUUCCAAUAAAAUUUGUAAGAACAAAUGUAA